AUAGAAAAAUCGAUAAAAUAUUAUUUUCUAUAUGUCAAUUUAUAAAAAUAGAUUUUCUUAAAUCUUUCUAUAAGAAAUUAAUAUAGCUCGUUAAAGGCUUUUGGUAUAAUCGAAGUAUUUAUUUUAUAUUUAACUUUAAUUUAAAACAAAUUAAUAAUUCUCGAUUAAUAUCUAAAUGAAGAAUUAGCUUUUUUCUUCAAUAGUAAAUAUAUUUAAAUUCUAUUCAAAACAAAAUCAUAUUUUCUCUUUAUCAUUAAUAAAUAGAUUAAAAUAAUUUAAAUUAAAUAAAUAUUGUUUUUUGUCUGUUGAUGUUUUAAGUAUUUAAUAUGAUAAUUAAUAUAGUUUAAAUAGUAUAAUGUGAAAAAAAUUAAAAAAAAGAAAACGAAAUUUGUUUUUUUAAGAAAAAGAGAUAAGAAAUAAGAAAUAAGAAAUAAGAAAUAAGAAAUAAAUUAAAAUUAUUUUUAAUAAAUAUAUAUAUAUAUAUAUAUUUAGAGAAAGAGAUUGAAAAUAAAAUAUAUUAUUAUUAGAAAUAAAUCAAUAUUAAUUUAAUAUUAAAAAUAAAUUUAUUUUUAUUUAAUUAAAUAAAUAAAUAAAAUAAUUUAGAUGUAAUGAUGUUCAAGAAUUAACAUCAAUAAUAAGUCAAUUUAAUGAUUUAUCUGCAACAGCUCGUGUUGGUGGUACAUUAACAAGUACAAUGGAUGCAAUGCUUGCUGAUAUUCAAUUAAAAUCUUCAAAAUCUCUUGAAAUAUUUCAUAAUCAAUGUCCAAAUUUUUCUCAUUUAAUGGAUAAUGAUCGUUUUGAUCUAGCAUUUUUUCGUUUAAGAACAGAAUUAAAACAUUUUGAACAUGAAUUAGCAUGGAUAUUACGACAAUGUUUUUCACGUGCAACAACACUUUCAAGUAAAUUAACAUUAUUAAAUGUUUUUUAUGGUGCAUAUCAAAGAGAAGUUGUUCAACGUGCACUUAUACAUGAACAACAAUGGAUUAUUGAUAAUCUUAAACAAGAAUUUCAAUUAGUUGCUCAAUUAGUUAAUUCAUCUAAUAUGAAUUAUUUACAUUGGCCACCAUUAUCAAGACAAUUACUUUAUUUAUAUGGUCUUAAACAAAGAAUUGAUUUAUUUAUGAAUCAAUUUAUUGAACUUUGUCCAAAAAUAGUUCAAAGUGAUAUUGGAUGGGAAAUUCGAGAAGCUUAUAGAAUUGCUAAAGAUAAAAUUCAACGAAGUGAAGAUGAUCUUUACAAUAAAUUAGAACAAUCAGCAACAAGUCAAAUAAGUGAUCUAUUACUUCAACCUGUUUUUGUAUGUACCUUAUUUUUUUUUAACAAUAUUAUAUUUAAUUUAAUUUAAAAGACUAAAAGAGAGAUAUUAACAAAACACAAAAAAGAUUUAAGGUGCAUCCAAUGCAAAAUUCAAGCAAAAUUUUGUUUUUGUUUUUAAAUACAUCAUUGGAUAGAACAAGUGACGGCGAUCACGAAUAUCUGGUUUAAAACUUUUCUAGAUGCUGUCUUGAGUCCAGAAAACCAGAAAAACUUUCGGCUUCUGAAAAACCACUUUUUUCAGUGGUUUUCCGUAAAAUGCGAUUUUGAGACCCAAGACAUCAUCUAUUUAAUUUAAAAAGGACAUAUUCUUGUUCAGCGUGAAA